CCAAAGACUUGAAAAAUGGUACAUGCUGCUUUCUCUGCUGAGCACUCAGCACUAGCCUCCUGCUGUAAUGGCUUGCACAAAUGUGUGGCCCAAGAGCUACAGAAACGAAGAUGGGCACUACCCCUAAGCAUCUGCACAGACCUGAAACAAUUCCAACAGAGGAAAACACCAUCCAGCUCUCCUGCUGCAAGGAACAAGAAGUCGGAUAAAAACAGCAGGAGACAGAUACUAACAGAGAACCACUCCCCACAGCCGGAGAACGGACCUCUGAAUGACAGUCCCAAUAUACCAGCCACAGUGCCUGUUUCAACUGAAGAGCUUCAAGAUCACAACAUCAGUGCAGCCAACUCUGUCUUUGAUGGGCCUGCCUCUAUUGAACUGCCUAAUGACCUAAACGACAUCCACGACGGCAUAGAAAAUAACAACAAGUAUCAAAGGGUUGUGAGAACCAGUAGUGUGAUAGAAGUCACCAAUACAAACAACUCUAACAGUGGGACACCAUCCAAUCAGAGCAGUCCACACAGACUGACGUCUUCCACAGAGAGCCUACGUCAGAUAUCCAUGCAACUGAACGGACUCGUAUCAGAGGUUCAAAGGCUGACCUACCCCCCUGAGUUGGUCCGAAUGGUUGGGUCCGAACGCCCGAGUCUAACCAAUGGGGAGGAUGCUGAAAUAGAGACGCUCUCCAACCCGGGUGGUGUUACAGAACUGCAGACCCAGAACCAGGAGUUAGUGACAAAUAUCGAGACAUCCAGACAGGCCAACCAGCAGUUAACAAUACAGCUGCAAGAACUGAAAAGUCAGAACUCCAGACUACAGCAGGAACUGGACCAGGUUAGGACUAACCAUCAGGAACAGGGACAGAAGGAGGUGGUGUCACUAAGAGAACAGCUUCAGGUCCACAUCCAGACUAUAGGCAUCCUGGUGGCAGAGAAGUCUGAACUACAAACCCAGCUGUCUCACACACAUAAUGCUGCUAGGCAAAAAUCAAUUGAAGCCGAGGACUACAAGAGCCGGUUGCAGGCGUCCCGUCAGAGACUGGCUGACUUGGAGAGGGAGGCAACCAGCACAGCAAACUACAGUAGACAAUAUGAAAAGGCUAAUAAGCAACUUGAAAAGGAGAAAGAUGACUUGAAGAUGGAAGUGUAUAAAUUAAAUCGUGCCAAAGAUGAAAUGUCACAGCAAAAUUCUGAACUUACAGAAAGAUUUCAAGCAAAGGCACAAAUGUGCUCCACUAUGGAACAGGAGGUUGGGACCCUGCGAGGACAGCUGAGUAUGACGGAGCUGCGGGUACAGCAGCUGUCCAGCCACACGGACAGCCAGGAGACACAGCAGCACAUGGGCAGGCUACAGGAGGAGAGGGCUGACCUGGAGAGGAAAGUGCUGCAGUACACACAAGCAUUCCAGCAGCUGUCUGCAGAGAGGGAACAGCUUACACAGCACUAUCAGGAUCACAGCAGCCACCUGCAACAGCAGCUGCAACAGCUGGCUCACCAGGUGUCGUCAGUAACAGAAGAAAGAGACGGAUUGUUGUCCAGACACCAGGAGAUGGAGUACAGAAUAGCACAGCUAGAGGGCGCUGCAGUUGAUGAAACUGACGGGGAGAGGGAAAACAACAGCGGGACCAAUGACAGCGGAGUAACACCUGAGGAGGAGCCAGUGAGUACCAGUCUGGACAUGGAACAGGUGGCACAGGAGAGGGACCAAAUCCUGCAGCAAUAUCAUGAACAGGUUAAUGACAAUGCACAAUUAAGUAGACUAGUAGCGGAGAAGGAGGACAGAAUCCUGGAGCUUGAGAGCGCGUUGGCGCGGCUCGGCGAGGCGGACAUCGACCGUGACCAGCUGCUGGAGGACAUGCAGAACGACAAGGCCACCAUCAGCCGCGCCAUGGCGCAGAACAAAGAACUCAAGAACCAGCUGGGAGAACUGCAGACAGGCUUCAUCAAAGUGAGUAAUGACAAAGCUGAGCUGACAGAAGCUCUACAGUCUGAGCGCCAUGCCACAUCAGAGCUCAGCAGAACAGUAGAGGAACAGGAAGAAGAACUCAAGUCGCUCAGAGAAGAGGUGAAGUCCAAAGAGCAGCAGGUGUCGCAGCUGACCAGCAGCGGUGAGGACCUGAUGAAACAGCUGAUGCAGCAGUCGCAGCUGGCUGACAGGAUGAGACAUUACGAGGCACAGGGACAGCUGACAGAGAUGUUACAGAGAGAGCUAGCUUCUGCACAGGAAACCAUCAACACAUUGUCCUCACAGAACACAGAGCUGAAGACUCAACUGGACAGCAGGGCAGUAGAGGAGAACCCAGAUACCAGCACAGAAAAUGCCACAACUUCAGAUGAACAGGCCGAUCUCCUGGAUAACUCAGAUGUGGUUAGUACACUGUCUGCAGCCAUCCGACAGCUGGAGAUGGAGCGAGACUCUCUGAUGGAGACAUUUGAAGAUCAGAGAAGGACCCACCACCAACUGGUGGAGGAGAUGGACAAACUCAGGGAGGAACAGGAACAAAGAGCCCUGACAGACGGCUACAUCCCCCAGGAGAAGCACAACCACCUGCAGGAGGCCAUGGACAAGCUUCAGGAGCGCUUCAGCACAGUCAUGCGGGACAAGGCCGAGCUCAGCGAUAAAGUACAGGAGCUAGAACACCUGAAUAUGCAGCUGAGUGGGGAGACUGAGACUAUAGGUGAAUACAUAACGCUGUACCACUACCAGCGCGCUGCGUUACACCAACGAGCGAGAGAAAAGGACGAGUUCAUCACCAGAUUAGCGAUUGACAGGGAAGACAUGCAGAACAAGUUGGGCCAGCUGCAGAACCUUGUCAUGCAGAUGCUAACAGAAAGGGGGCAGUCCUUCACAUUCCCCGAGGAGCUAUCAUUCCCUGCUGCUACCAGCUCCACCCAGUCCAGUCCUGUCCACAGACCUGAACAAAAAACCUUCGGUGGAAGUCUGGAGGACUCUACUCUGGAUGGGAUAGAAGAUUACGAGUCUGACGAGUCCUCGGAAUGCUCUUCGUACAGCGAAGAUCACCGGAUUACCACGGGACCCAACAACGAGCCGGUGGAGCUUCCCGCGCAGCCGCAGGAGAUCGACACGACCGCUCGCCAGAUCAUCGACCUGAUCCAGGAGAUCAAGCAGCCUGUGUCGGCUAACUUCACCUCCCACGUCCAGAACCCCCACAUCCCCAUGUGUAAAUGCUGUACAGGCAACGUCCUACUGGUCUAACCAGCAUUAACCCUUAAACUGCCAAGCCCAGAUAUAUCCUGCACACAUACACAUGCCCUUUGUGCCGUGCCGGGAUAUAUCUGGGAUAGCUUAUUCCCUCGAAGUAGCAGCUUUGUGCGCGCGUAGCGCACGAACCCUGGAAGUUAGGGACUUCUGCCUUGUUCGGGGGGUUUCUUUUUGGAGGUCAGUGGCCAACCCUGGCACUGAUGGCAUUUUAUAGGGCUGAAACUCUGGCAGUUUGAUUCACACAUUCACACAAGACUUCUACAUCUUGGGGGAUACCACCUUGAUAAUUAUUACAAUCAAGGAAGAUUUAACGUCAUCUAAUCAACACUUCAGAUUGAUUACCCAAAUUUCCAGUUCAUGGAACGGAUCCAUCUACUGCAGGUUCUGGUACGUGAUGUUAGAGCCAUGUGAGUGCAGCAACAGGUUUUUUAGUGCCAG